GCAAUGACGUUUAAAAAAUAAACCUAAUGGAAUGUUCAGCUUGAAAUACCUUAUCGUCAAAAGGUAUUUAAUUUUAAUACUUUUCGUUCAAAAUAUUGUUAUCUUGUGAAGCUUGUGUAUUUUGUUCAUGUUAUUCUUCGAAUAUGUCCGUGAUGAUUUAAGCAAUCUGUGAACCAAACCACGACAUGAAUUACACACUUGACGAACUGCUUGAAUCCAUCGCGCUGUUCGCACGUCGUGUGGAAACUAAUUUCUUUCGACGGAUUUCGGAUGUACAUGACGAAGACGAAGAAGGAAAGAAAGUAUCAUCGGAACAUCAAUCAGAACAACCAAAACCAGCUCACGUUGCAUCAAAGGAUGAUGAAGUCAUUAUUGGUCAAAAGAAAGAAAUUUCCAAGAGCCAUUGUACAGAAAAGAAGAAGCUGCCGUCGGAUCGUCAGCCAGAGAUACCAAAAUCAGCUCAGGAUGCCUCAAACAAGAGCGGUCCGGCAAAGAAACGCGGGAACAAUAAGAGAGGAUCAAAGAAGAACAAGUCCCAACAGAAACGGAAGACAAGAAAGGAAUAUCUGGGUGUUGUGCGCUCUUGGAAUGUGAACCAAACAACCACGAUCGUACGAUUCCAUCCUCAGGAUCCUCAGCACAUCGACCUUCAGGGCUCCCGAAAAUGGUGCGUCUUUUGCCAAACUUCAUUCCAAUCGGACAGGGUGCUACAACACCACUUCAUCAGAUCGCAUGGUGACAGAUUUGACCUUUCGUCGCUGCUGAGUAUCGACAAACGCAAUCAUAUAAUAAAACGGAAAAUUGUGGAGGUGAAUCUGGAGCAAUUGCCCCGAGCUGAUAUAAGCUUCCUUUUGAAAAUUACAAACCAAACCACUGUAACCCUUCUGCUCAAGUCUGUGUACGUGUUUGAUGGCAAUGAAUCGUUGAUUCCGAUAUUUGUCGAGGGUGGAGUUUUGCGUAUGGCUUCCGGUUAUUGUCACGAGGAUGAGAUUCAUCUCGAAGGACUCAGUUUGAUUGCCGAUUGCGUUUAUUCACUCUUGGUUACAGUUAAUCCGAUUGAUGGUGAACGUCUACCGUACGAUAUCGUUGUGCAGUAUCACUUCAAGGAGUCAAAAAAGAAGAACCAUCGAAUUGUUGGGACUCGUCUCAGAUUGGCAAAACUUCCACCCUAUGUGAUCCCAGAGGCAAUCAAGGUUUUGUACCAAAACAAUUUCAGAAAACGAGGCACCUAUGGACCCCAAGAACGGCACAUCCUUCACCAGGUGGAAAAUGCAAAGAAGCCUUCAUCGCUCACCAUCGAUAACUACACAAAACAGCUAAACUUACUGAAUCGAAUCGAAGCCGAACAUUUGCGGUGCGAAUUCGAAGGGUAUACAAUUGAACGGCCAAAGUUUAAAACAGUGAAGAAAGUGAAAAAAUGCAAAGAUGGUACGAAAUACGAGCAGAUCCUGUAUACUCUAUCGAUUGAUCAGUUCCAGAAUCGUCCAGCAUUGAUUGACGAGGACAUCUUCGUUUGUAUAAGUGUCGAAGUUCAACAAACAGUCGCAUGUUACAAAGGCAUAGUAGAGUGCGUUGAGCCGACGAUGAUUAUUAUUAUGCUGUAUGAGCAUAUUCCAAUAGGAGCCAACGCCAUUAGGAUCGAGUUUCACUUCAACAAAGAAACAUUCCAGCUGGAGCAACAAGCGCUGAGUCUUUUGUCCGAAUGUCGGAAGGAGGACAUUCUAUUCCCCUCCGGUAUGGAGCGUAAACCAUUGGAGGAAAUUACGUCCUUCCAGUGGAUUCGCACGAGCAUCGCCUCCAACGAGGAACAGAUGACGGCCGUACGGAACAUUGUCAACCGCACUUCAUUCCCGGCUCCAUACGUCCUGUUUGGCCCACCAGGGACGGGAAAAUCAUCCACGCUGGUGGAAGCCAUCGGUCAGAUCUACCGGCUACGUACUUCCGCAAACAUCCUGGUGGUGGCUCCGUCAAACUUUGCGGCCAAUGAAAUCACCACUCGGCUGUUGGUAGGCAUGCCCGAGAAGAGUAUUUAUCGUUUCUUCUCUCGGAAAUGCCUUCGCAAGGUAGAUGACAUCGAUGGCGACAUACUGGAGGUGUCCAACUUGAUCGACGAAGACUAUGAUCUACCAUGCUACGAGGAUAUCUACCUUGCGCGAGUGAUUGUGAGCACAAUGGCAACAGCGGGUCGUUUGGUACAAGCCAAUAUUGUAGAUAAGCAUUUCAGCUACGUAAUCAUUGAUGAGUGCGGCAGUGCUAAGGAAAUUUUGGCCCUGGUUCCGGUUGCUGAGCUGGCAACGUGCGGAGGGGAAAUUCACGCCAGUAUCGUCCUUGCUGGCGAUCCGAAGCAGCUCGGACCCGUAAUUCGGUACGAUUUUCUAAAGCAAACCACUCAUUGCACCUCUUUACUGGAGCGCAUCAUGAAACUGGAUCUGUACUCGAUGGAUCCGACAACCAUGAAGUAUGAUACGCGGGUCAUUACGCAGCUCCGUGAUAGCUUCCGGUCACAUACAAAGCUGUUGCAAUUUUCCAACAACACGUUCUACGAUGGUCAGCUGCGCGCGAAGGCUCCCCCCGAGAUUACGGACUGGGCUCUCGGAUGGCAUCGACUUCCCAAUCCUAAAUGCCCACUGAUCUUCCGGUCCGUCACCGGGCAGAUUAAACUAGAUAAUAACAGUUUCAGUCUGUACAAUGUCGAAGAAGGUGAAGUUGUUCUGGACUAUGUUAAAGAUAUUCUCACCAAUGGUAUAAACGGACAUAAGGUAGAGCAAAGCAAAAUCGGUAUUAUAUCUCCAUACGCUCGUCAAGUGUUGCACUUGAGGGAAUUGUGUAAGGCCCAUGACUGGACAGGUAUCGAGAUUGGCUCAGCUGAACAGUACCAAGGGCGUGAGAAGGAAAUUAUAAUCAUUUCCACGGUUCGGUCCCAGUGCAAUUAUGUUGGUUUCCUGUCCGAUGUUAAGCGAUUGAACGUUACGAUUACUCGGGCCAAAGCUUUGAUGAUUGUUGUCGGUGAUAGUACGACUUUGCGAUCGAAUCUGCACUGGAAGAAGUUUAUUGCAUACUGUCGGAAGAAUAAGGCUUAUAUCGGCGCCAGUCAGACGGCAACACCAGAUGGACCGGAGCCGAAGAAACCAAAGAAGUCGAGGAAGGCUAAGAAGUCCGAUAAAUCCAAGAAUUCGGCUAACUUGAAGAAAACGGAGAAGUCUAAAAAAUCGUCCAAGAAUUCAGAGAAAUAUGAACAAUCGAAGAAUCCGGUUCGGUCUGGGAGGGCACUUUCUCUUUCGGCAAAGGACUGUUUCAGCAGGGUGGUGGAGGAGGCGCGCGUUGAUCGGGAAUUAACUCCUGAAAGCUCUGAAAAAGCUGGAGGACCAACGAUGGAUGCAUCGAACUAGGGAUGGGUGCAGCAAGAAAUUUGAGCGGGACGGCCACCCUCAGCGAAGAAGAGCAAAGCGAAGGAAGAGAAAAGCAGCUGCUUCAAAUACUGGAGAUUGUUAAAGAUUUCCGAACAAAAGACGAAGAAACGGAAGAGAAGCUUAGGCUGCGGAUGUCUAAGCACCUGAUCGAAUUUCUUCUAAGAACGGUAAGUACUCACUUGAUAAAAGGAUUGAAUGUAGUGUUCUCCGCCUGUCCACCAAAAUUCUUGGUUCUCAACUGACACAAUAAAUUCGUUAAUACCUCACAAUUUGAUGCGAUGCGGUAA